GAUCUAGUAUCUGCUUAAUUAAUAUGCUGAGCACCGGAUAUAGCCUGGGAUAUACACUUGUUCCAUUUACCACUACAUGAGUCAGAUGAUGCUGGUUCAGAAGGCGCUUCGGCAACCUUGAUACUGUCUCAUGCUAAUUUACUAUCACCGUUGCAACAACUGAUUAUGAACAGCGCCUCAUUCCAAGGAAAGACAGGUGAAUGUGACCUAUUCACUAACUACCAAGUCAGAGAUAUGCAAUAGGCCACAUAAUAUACAGAACCAACCACGGAACGCUCUAGGUUCCAACAUAACAGGCCGCAGCAAAAAGACUCCCAUCUCCCAAGCUCUAACUAACCAUCUUCAUCAAAGGGAGAGAGAGAGAGAGCAAUCAUGUCUACACCCACAUCCAACACCCACCCACCGGCUGAGAUCCGAGCCGCAGCAAAGGCAGUCGGAACCGCACUCACUCACUGCGAAAAAUACGCCCUAGUCGGCGGAAGCGCAUGCGUGGUUCUAGGCUCCACACGAGCAACACAAGACGUCGACAUCGUGGUUCUCCGUGGCGGAACCACAACCGCAAGGCAGAUGCUACGCGCAUCCUCCGACUUCACCGUGGAGGCCAGAACAAACCACACAACCUACAAGGCCGUCAGGGGCAGACCCGUAGACAUCGAGAUACUGACGCCGCCGGCACUAUUCCGGGAGCCGUUCGAUCACAGCACCGAGGUGGUUACCAUCGACGGAGUUAAGGUGUUGAAGCCGGCGUUGCUUCUGAAUGCGAAGUGCGGGUCUAUUGUGGGCCGGCCAACGGAGGAGAAGAGGAAGUCAGAUUUCUUAGAUAUUAUAUUUUUGCUGGGGUUCUGUGCGGAUAAGCCCCUGUAUCUUCCUGGAGCGAGUGAGGUCCCGAACGCUACGAAGCACCUGGUUCAGACUCUGGGUCGGGUUUAUGGAGGCGAUGAGCUCUGGGUGAGAGCGGGCUAUGACCUACAGACGGGCUGUUUCAACAGAGCCUAGUCAGUAGUCCAUCUCGUCUCCCUAAGGCAGGCUGAGGUAUGAUAGAAGAGGUUAGAGGAGGAUGUCUUAUUUCGUCUUUUUUUGCUUGGAUGUGAAAGAAAUCAUGAGAUCAUGGAUCCAGUUGCUUAAUGAUAUUCAUC